AUGGCCGCAUCUCUACUACGUAGCCUAUUUGAUCUCACCACCUUCACCAACAACUUGCUAGGCUUGGCCCCAAUCCUAAUAGCAUCCAUCUUCUACCUCAUUCACAAGAAGCAGACCACGGUCCGCCUCCUCGACUACGCGUGCUACAAGCCCCCGCCCUCCUACCGCGCCCCCACAUCCAUGUUCGUGGAGCACCUCGAACACGAGCACGAACUCGACCAAGAAAGCGUUGACUUCCAGGUCAAGAUCAUCGAGAAGUCCGGGUUCGGGGAGGAGACCAGCAUCCCCCCGGCCCUAGCCCGCCACCCCAGCGACAAGUCCAUCUCCUUCUCCAUCGACGAGACAAAGACGGUGGUCUUCAACGUGGUCGAAACCCUCCUCCACAAGUCGAACACAAACCCUAGGAACAUCGACAUCCUCAUCACGAAUUCGAGCAUGUUCUGCCCCACACCCUCACUGAGUGCCCUAAUUGUGAACAAAUUCAAGAUGAGGAGCAACAUCAUGAGCUUCAACCUCUCAGGAAUGGGAUGCAGUGCAGGGAUUAUAUCCAUAGGCCUAGCCAAAGACCUACUCAAAGUCCACAAAAACUCACUAGCCCUCAUUGUAAGCAGUGAGGCCAUGAACCUAAACUGGUACACCGGCAAGAACCGGUCAAUGCUGCUCACCAACUGCCUCUUCCGCCUAGGCGGCGCCGCAAUACUCAUGUCUAGCAGAGACCAAGACAAAGAAAAGGCCAAAUACUCAUUGCAACAUCUGGAAAGAACUCACAAAGGCCAAGACAACAGAUCAUACUCUUGCAUCAUUCAAGAACUCGACCAAGACAACAAACUCGGCGUCUCCAUCACAAAGAACACCGUGGCUGUAGCCGGAGAAGCCCUGAAGGCGAACAUGGCCGUGUUGGGGCCUAGUGUUUUGCCUUUAAAGGAGCAAAUAACCUAUGCUAUUUCCCUCAUCAUUCGAAAAACAUACAUACCUAAAUUCAGAAAUGCUUUUGAGCAUUUCUGCAUUCACCCUGGCGGCAGGGCUGUGAUCUCUGCUAUCAAGAAGAGCCUGAGCAUGGAGGAAGGAGACGUGGAAGCUUCUAGAAUGACGCUGCAUAGAUUCGGGAACACUUCCUCUUCGUCGAUAUGGUAUGAGCUGAGCUACAUUGAGGCGAAGGGGAGGAUGAGGAAAGGUGAUAAAGUGUGGCAGCUUGCAGUUGGGAGUGGAUUUAAGUGCAACAGUGCGGUGUGGAAGUGUCUGUGCAACGUUGAAGGCAGUGACGAGACGAAUGUGUGGAGUGAUGGGAUUCAUUCGUAUCCGGUGGAAAUACCAGAGACCAUCAACAUACUUUAAUUUGAUGCUAAUUUUAUG